CUUAAGAAAUGGAAAUAAGAUUGAAAUCUUUAUAUAUCACAUUGCCUGCAUUCCAAAUCAAGAUCCCCAUUUGCAAUGGCUUCAAAUACUCCAUUAAAGCUGCUUCUCAUCUUGCUCUUCCUUGUACUAUGUACACCCUAUUCCAGAGCAUUUGUGGAAAAGAAGAUGGUGUUUUACAUGCAUGACACUUCGACUGGAUCAAAGAUCACAGCCAUAAGAGUUGCAGGAGUAAAUGGGUCUUCCUCAGAUUUGGUGGCAUUUGGAACAGUACUCGUUACAGACGACCUUCUAACUGAAGGAGUUGAGCCAUCCUCCAAGGUUGUGGGUAGAGCGAAAGGAAUGUAUUCUUAUGCAGACCUUAAAGGUGCUUCUUUAACUCUGGCCUUAUCUGCUGUGUUUGAGAACGAGAAGUUUAAUGGAAGCACACUUCAAUUCCAGGGAGUGGAUCCUUUUUUUCAGAGUCCAAGGGAGGUUUCUGUGGUUGGAGGAACUGGGCAGUUUCGAUAUGCUCGUGGGUACGCAGCACUUUAUGAUGCUCGCAUCACUGGUUUUAACACCAUAGUGGUGUUCAAUAUUACGCUUAGAUUGGAUUAGGGUUACCAGUUAAUACAGCAUAACUGAUUGUAACACCAUUGUGAUGUUCAAUAUUACGCUUAGAUUGGAUUAGGGUUACCAGUUAAUACAGCAUAACUGGUUUUAACACCAUUGUGGUGUUCGAUAUUAUGCUUAGAUUGGAUUAGGUUUACCAGUUGAUACAGCAUAACAGUUGCCCAUGAAUAGGCUUCGCUGUUAGCCAAUAAAAAAUGUUGUAUCUUGAAUGAAUAAAUCUCUUGCUCUUUAUAU